UUUAGUGAUAAUUUAGUCGCGUAUUCGCUCCUGAUCAGUUGUGCAUAUAGAUCGUUGAAGAGUUACAUCAACAACACCCGAUUCAGUAACAGAAACGUAAAGAAGUUGGUUGAUCAAUUUUUUUUGAGUUCUUGAUUUGAUAUCACCACGAAUUAUCAAUAUCAACAUGACAGAUAGACUCAGAACCAGGAGAAUCUCCAGGGUGGAGAACAUGAAAGUACCUGCUCACAAACCAAAAGCUUGGUUUGGAUGCAGGCACGUGCAGAUUCUUCUCAUGACUCUAGGAUUUUUCACGUGUUACGCGGUCAGAGUCGCUCUAUCUAUCUCGCUGGUGGCUAUGACCAACUCUAAGCAUGCCAAUCCAGACUUUCCAGAAUUUAAUUGGGAGGAUGGAGUACAGAACACAAUUCUCAGUUCAUUUUUCUGGGGCUACGUGAUAACCCACAUACCAGGCGGUGCUCUAGCUCAAAAAUUCGGAGCACGCAAACUAUUUUCCUACGCGGUAGGUCUUUGCGGACUUGUGACAAUAUUAGUUCCUACAGCAGCUACAUACGGAGGUUGGCAGGCUGUUGUCGUCCUGAGGAUACUCACCGGAUGUUGUCAAGGCAUCGUACCCCCAUGUAUACAUACUCUGUUAUCAAAAUGGGUACCUUUAGAGGAAAGAGGAAGAGCAGGUAGUUGCACGUACUCUGGUGGCUGGCUGGGCAACGUAAUAGCCCUAUUAACCUGUGGAGAACUAGCCAAAUCAGUAUUGGGCUGGCCAGGGAGUUUCUACAGUUGGGGUGGAGUAGCCAUUGUCUGGGCUAUCCUCUUCUUCAUCUUUGGAAAAGAGUCUCCCUCUGAUCACAAUGAAAUUCCCUCAGACGAAAGAGAGUAUAUUGAAGUCAGCUUGGGAGUAACAGAAACCGUUGAGACAUUGAAAACACCUUGGCGGUCGAUCAUGACCUCGAUUCCUGUCUGGGCAUUGCUCAUUGCUCAGUGCUCACAAGCCUGGGGUUUCUGGAUGCUCCUCACCAAGACUCCGACGUAUAUGGAUCAUGCAUUGCAUUAUAAAAUCGAUGAGAAUGGCCGGGUAUCAGCACUACCAUACCUGGCAGCAUGGCUACUGGGUUUCCCCAUAAGUUUCGCAUCGGACAGGCUAGUUAAGGCUGGCUACGUGUCUCUAGUUAACAUGAGGAAGAUAGCGAAUACCAUUGGUGAGUUUAUCCCGGCAGCAGCAUUAAUUGGACUCGGUUACGUUGAUAGUGAGCAUCGUGACAUUGCUGUCGGUGUCCUUGUUACAUCGGUGGGUUUCAAUGUCGCUGUGUUUAGUGGCCAUCAGAUGAAUCACAUGGAUCUUAGUCCAAAUUUUGCUGGUAUACUCAUGGGAAUCACUAACGCCGCGGCGAAUAUUUGCGGAAUUGCUGCACCACUCAUUUGUGGACUCAUUGUUACUGACACGAGCGAUGUCCACCAAUGGAGGAAAGUCUAUUUCUUAUCAGCUGGGAUUUACAUAAUAGGAAAUUUAGGAUUCGUCCUGUUUGGAAAAGCCACCGUACAGCAAUGGAAUGACACAACUACAUAUAUUGAGGAUCAUGAAAUCUCAACAAUUCCUGAAGGCCCCAAGGAUAUGGAUGAGAAGAGAAUUGAAGAAAAGAGUGAGAUAAUACAAUAAUUCUUCACCUUAUACAUACAUCAGGUGAUUGCAUUUAUUAGAUAAGAAAUAUUUGAGAAAAUAUUUCUCAGGUUAAUUUGCAUCUCAGACUAUGAUAAUGUAGCUAUUUAAUAUUUAUUGUAUACACAAACGACGUUUGAAAUUCCUUAAACGCUAUGGGAAUCUAUACCAAUGAAUGACACAAUAGGGAUAUUUUCGUCACCAAAAAAUAAUCGUGGUUGAGUACCUCUACUCUCUCAAAAAUCCCUUCCGUCGAUGCGGCCCCCCCACCCUCCUCACGCACACACACAAACGAGCAUUAUUCCCUAACAACGACAAUAAUUUGGACAUGUGGACAAGAUAGAUUCCAAAUAGAAAUUUAAAUGCCCCCUUGUCACAGUCGAAAUUCAGACAGUAGGUGGUGCCAGCCAUUUCGCAUGGCUAAAUACUCACGUAGUUUUCUAAUUAACCACGUAGUCAAAACGAUCAAAAGUGUCAUAGUAUAGGCCAGGGGCCAUUUGUCCAGUGGUUGCCUAUUAUGUGAGGUUGAUGAUGCAUAAAUAUGGUCGCCAAAGCAAUGCAAGGCAUCAGGGCAGUAUCAACAUUCACAAAAUGUCCAAAAUUCACUCCGUUGUGAUUGAAUUAUAUGAAAUAAACGCUUCUUUACAUCCAA